UUUGUUUGUACAGAACAAACUUACUUGCGUAUACGUAUGCACGGAAAACCCUGACUCGGGUGUUUCCAUGUCCACACUAUAAAAAAGCUAGUCUCUUUGCAUGCGCUCACAAUUGGCACAUUUCUUAUCUGACACACACAUCUCACACACACAGACACAGACACAGAGACAGAGACGAUGACUCGAAUUUCAGCUACCGUGAUCAUACUUAUGGUUGUAGCUCUUAGUGUGCUUCAUACAGAUGCCUCUGCUUUGUCAUGUUGCAGGAAGUAUACCAAAGGAGUAAUAUCAAUGACAUAUAUUAAAGGAUAUUCCAUUCAGACCAUGACAAGAAACUGCCACAUUGAUGCUGUCAUAUUCCACACAUACAAAGGCAAGAACAUCUGCACAGACCCCUCCAAAGCCUGGGUGAUGGAAAAUAUCCGUAAGCUAAAGGAGAAAGUGCAAGUAAUCAGCAAAAAACAUUCAAGGGUCUAAUUGUUCAACUACUGAGCCUAAACUGAUGUUACUACAAGAAUAAUUCUUCGUGGAGGGGGAUCUAUUUCUUUAUGAAAUUUACAUAUUUACUCUGCAUAUUUGUAUAUGCAUAUUAUUUUAUACUGUUUGAUUG